AUGGCUAAAGCAUUACGGGAAAGUUCACCAUACAGUGUUCCUUUGAUCAUCCACCAUAGCGAGACUAGCCCCCAAAUUACUGCGGAACUCCAGAAGGCGGUGGCAAAUUCCACUGAAGUUGAACAGCAAAAGCCUUCCCUGAAAUUCCCCUCCACCCAGCUAUUUCCUGGUCGCCUCGCCGAGGGAUAUAUUGCGCCCACCUCAAAUGAAUGCCAUGAAUAA